AUGGUGUUGGAACUUCAUGUUUGGGGCCCCGGCUUCUCGCUGCCUUCUAUCGAUCCCCAAUGCCUCGCGACCAUUGCCUAUUUUUCUCUCCUUGUCCCCAGGGACUCUUGGACGCUCGUCGCAAGUAGCGAUCCAACCAUCUCUCCAACCCAGGAGCUUCCCGCCCUGAAGAAUGGCUCAACAUGGGUCAGCCGGUUCCGGAAUAUCGUGGAUUAUCUGCGCCAAUACUCGAAUGGGGCGUGGGAUUUGGAUCGCGAUCUGAGCGCGCUGGAGAAGGCAGAUAAUGUUGCUUUCUCCUCCUUUGUCGAAUCCCGCGCCCAAGCCCUCAUCGACCUAUCCCUAUACGUGACCAGCCAGAAUUACUAUAGUGCCACAUCCCCGGCAUAUGGUGCGAUCCUUCAAUGGCCCAACCAAUGGAUCCUUCCCCCGCAGCUGCACUCCGCAGCCAAAUCGCGGACGGAAUCGCUGGGCCUGUCGUCAUUGGACCUGGAAGCCGUGCGGGAACAACAGAAACGCGAUCAUUCAGCCGACAUUGCGGCUGGGCGCAUCCCUCAGAAUCUCAUCCGGCGUCCCCGGGAGACGGUGUCUAGCCUCCUAGGCAAGACGUCACAACAGCAUCAGUUCCGACUAGAGGCGCUGACAGGGGAGCUGUUUGAGCCGUUGGAGGAGCUACUCGGUGAUAAGACACAUAUGCUUUUGGCAAAGGCGCCGUCAAGCCUUGACUGUCUUGCAAUAGGCUAUCUGAGCCUAGCCCUGGUUCCGGAACUACCCCAUACGUGGCUGCGCGAUUUAAUGCUGCGCAAGGCCCCACGCUUAUCGCAGUAUAUCGAGCGCAUGCGCCGUGAGCUAUAUGGAAUUGUCAGCGUCUCCGAUGCCUUCACCAAUGACGGGCAAUCAUCACUCCCAUGGCAGGCCCCGGGGCGCGCCCGACUAGCCACUAUCGGAUCAACGCUCCUCAACACGCUCGCCGACUCGACCCCGAUAUUGAAGGAUAUCCGCGUCAACAACCGAUUACGUGAGACAGCCGAGUCAGCCGACUCCGGGCUGUCCGAGACGGAGGGCCAGGCAUUGUCAGCUUACACGAAACUUCAGGGAAAAGACACCCUCAUCUCCAUUGCAACGGUGGUCGGCGGCUUCGCCGCACUCGUCGGGUACAUGGUCCAUAUCGGCAUCUUCUCUGCGCCUGAAGAAGAGGCUGAGGAAGAGGAAAACGAGUUUGCGAUACCCGAGUCUGUAGACGCUGGUGAUUUCCUAGGGAGUCUCAAGGCGCAGAGCUAG